CAAUAUCAAAGUACGGAUGGCCGAGAUUAUGCAUCAAAACGUUCACCUGCCAACGAGAGAGGAAGCCCUGUACCCCAAAGCAAUUUGCGGUCUCGGUAUACACUGCCAGAAAGAUUGCCACAGGCACGUGGAAAUGGAGAAGCCAAUAAUACAUCAUUACCAAGAUAUGAAAGACAACCAGAAAGGGAGCUUAUAUCAUACCCAAGACCUCGUUCUGACUUGCCACCUAGACAAGAUCCUCCAUCUGCAAGAGACCUGAACCCUCCCUAUGGCACGUCUCAAUCACGUGGUCCAAUAGAACCACGUGACUCUCAACGUGACAUGCGUUCUAUCCGUGACGCAGUUGUGACUCGUAAUUUGGCAUCCCUGCGUGAUAUAUUGCCACCGCGUGAUGAUUCACCAAUUCCACGUGAUACAUUGCCACCACGUGACAGAUCCCCUCGUGACUACCUUCAACGUGAUUUGCCACCUCGUGAUGUUUCCCCCCGCAAUUUGCCACCACGUGAUGUUUCCCCCCGCAAUUUGCCACCUCGUGAUGUUUCCCCCCGCAAUUUGCCUCCUCGUGAUGUUUCCCCACGCAAUUUGCCACCACGUGAUGUUUCCCCCCGCAAUUUGCCACCACGUGAUGUUUCACCACGCAAUUUGCCACCACGUGAUUUUCCUCCUCGUGACGUGCCUAGAACACGUGAUAGUUUUCCACCACAUGACUUACCCCCACGUGAUAUGUUGCCUCCACGUGGUGUGCCACUUCGUGAUGAUAGAUCUGUACAUGAUCCGUACAUGCGUGAGAUGGACAUUCCACGUGAACGAGAACCUGCACCUUAUAAUAAUUCACCAUCUCGUUACCAAUCUUCCCCUGCACCCACGCGUGAAGUGUUGGACCGAGCUCGUUUUGAAAGAGCCAUGGCUGGUGCACGUGAUUCUAGGAGUGAUUAUCCAGCGUAUGGUAGAGAGCCAGAGCCUCGUUAUGGGAGAGAUUUGCCGUCUCGUGAGUCUGCUAUGGGAACGAUCCGUGGUCCCCCAGCACGCUACCCCAUGGAUGGACCUCAAAAUAAACGUCCACGAUACUAG